CAAUCAGAAAGCGUGACGUCAGUUUGGCGCGGAGUUUGGCGGCCGGGGCUCUUAGUGGCGGGAGUUGGAGGCGAAACCGCGCCGCGCUGUGGAGGGUGCAAACGGCGGCUCCUGUGGAACUUGGGGGCGAUCUUCUCGGCGUUCCCCUCAGCUGAGCCUUCUCCUCGGGCCCAGAUGCUCUUCAACUCGGUGCUCCGCCAGCCGCAGCUCGGCGUCCUGAGGAACGGGUGGUCUUCACAUUACCCUCUACAAUCCCUUCUGAGUGGUUAUCAGUGCAACUGUAACGAUGAACACACAUCUUAUGGAGAAACGGGAGUCCCAGUUCCUCCUUUUGGAUGCACCUUCUGUACCGCUCCCAGUAUGGAGCAUAUAUUAGCAGUUGCUAAUGAAGAAGGCUUUGUCAGAUUAUAUAAUACAGAAUCACAAACUAGCAAAAAGACAUGCUUCAAGGAGUGGAUGGCUCACUGGAAUGCUGUCUUUGACUUGGCCUGGGUCCCUGGUGAACUUAAACUUGUUACAGCAGCUGGUGAUCAAACAGCCAAAUUUUGGGAUGUAAGAGCUGGUGAGCUAAUGGGAACAUGCAAAGGCCACCAGUGCAGCCUCAAGUCUGUAGCUUUUUCCAAGUUUCAAAAAGCUGUGUUCUCUACAGGGGGGAGAGAUGGCAACAUUAUGAUCUGGGACACCAGGUGUAACAAAAAAGAUGGAUUUUAUAGACAAGUGAAUCAAAUCAGUGGAGCUCACAAUACUGCAGACAAGCAAACCCCUUCAAAGCCCAAGAAGAAACAAAAUUCAAAAGGACUUGCUCCUUCUGUGGAUUCCCAGCAGAGUGUUACUGUGGUCCUCUUUCAGGAUGAGAAUACAUUAGUCUCAGCAGGAGCCGUGGAUGGAAUAAUCAAAGUAUGGGAUUUACGCAAGAAUUACACUGCUUAUCGACAAGAACCCAUAGCAUCCAAGUCUUUCCUGUACCCAGGUACCAGCACUCGAAAACUAGGAUACUCGAGUUUGGUUUUAGACUCUACUGGCUCUACUUUAUUUGCUAACUGCACAGAUGACAACAUCUAUAUGUUCAAUAUGACUGGCUUAAAGACUUCUCCGGUGGCUGUCUUCAAUGGACACCAGAACUCUACCUUUUAUGUAAAAUCAAGUCUUAGUCCGGAUGACCAGUUUUUAAUCAGUGGUUCAAGUGAUGAAGCUGCCUACAUUUGGAAGGUUUCCAUGCCAUGGCAUCCUCCUACUGUGCUCCUGGGUCAUUCUCAAGAGGUCACGUCUGUGUGCUGGUGUCCAUCAGACUUCACCAAGAUUGCAACCUGCUCUGAUGAUAAUACACUAAAAAUCUGGCGCUUGAAUAGAGGCCUAGAGGAGAAACCAGGAGGUGAUAAACAUUCCAUAGUGGGUUGGACCUCUCAGAAGAAAAAAGAAGUGAAAGCCUGCCCCGUAACGGUACCAAGUAGCCAGAGUACUCCUGCCAAAGCUCCCAGAGCCAAGAGCAGUCCAUCCAUCUCCUCUCCUUCAUCAGCAGCUUGUACUCCAAGCUGUGCAGGAGACCUCCCUCUUCCUUCAAGUACCCCCACAUUCUCAGUCAAAACCACUCCUGCCACGACCCGUUCUCCAGUCAGCAGAAGAGGCUCCGUCUCUUCUGUGUCUCCCAAGCCACUCUCAUCUUUCAAGAUGUCGCUUAGAAACUGGGUGACCCGAACACCUUCCUCAUCACCACCUGUCACUCCACCUGCUUCUGAGACAAAGAUCUCGUCUCCAAGAAAAGCUCUUAUUCCUGUGAGCCAGAAGUCAUCACAGGCAGAUGCUUGCUCUGAAUCUAGAAAUAGAGUGAAGAGGCGUCUCGACUCAAGCUGUCUGGAGAGUGUGAAACAAAAGUGUGUGAAGAGUUGCAACUGUGUCACUGAGCUUGACGGCCAAGUGGAAAGUCUUCAUUUGGAUCUGUGCUGCCUUUCCGGCACCCAGGAAGUCCUUAGCCAAGACUCCGAGGGUCCAACCAAAUCAAGCAAGACUGAAGGUGCUGGCACAAGCAUCUCAGAACCUCCUUCUCCUGUCAGUCCUUAUGCUUCUGAAGGCUGUGGACCACUGCCUCUUCCUUUGAGACCUUGUGGAGAAGGAUCUGAGAUGGUGGGCAAAGAGAAUAGCUCCCCAGAGAAUAAGAACUGGUUGUUGGCCAUAGCAGCCAAACGCAAGGCAGAAAAUUCAUCCCCAAGAAGUCCAUCAUCCCAGACGCCCAGUUCCAGGAGACAAAGUGGGAAGACGUCACCAGGCCCGGUCACCAUUACUCCCAGCUCCAUGAGGAAGAUAUGUACGUACUUUCGUAGAAAGACUCAAGAUGACUUCUGCAGUCCUGAACACUCAACUGAAUUAUAGAUGCUAAUCUGAAGUUCAUUGAACUUAGGUCUACAAAGAUUUUUUUUAAAAAAAAAGGCUUUAAAAUUCUGGUCUUUAAGAAAAUGGUCAUCUUUUCAUUUUGGAAAAAGUCCUUCUACUCUUUAGCAGACCUAGUCAGGCCCCACUGUGUAUAGACACAGCUACUGCCUGAGGUGAGUGCUGUCUCCAGGUCCCGGGGCAGCUUGUCCUCUGUAGUCUACUCUAGCAGUCUGUGAUCAUCACGUCCAGCUCGUGGAUGCAGAAAUCAAGGAGUGCUUCUGUGGACAGUGGAGAGUGCUAGUCCAACACAGGGCCCAUCUGUGAAGGCCGUCUGAAGAUAUCCUCUGCAGAAGAUGCCUUAAGCAAGCGUGAGCUUAUUUGAAAUAUAUCAUUUGUUCACUAUAUUUUUGUGUGUGUGUGUGUUUCUCAAACUGUAUAAAAAUGUGAUAUUCACUUAGUACAUUCAUAUUGUCUUCAUUUACGGUAUAAAUGUCAACUCUUUGGAGAAUGUAGGAGGAAACAACAGAAAGCUGGGUUUUUGAAAGCUGUGGAGAUCUUUUCUUUUCUUUUAACCAGAUUUCUAUUACAAACCAGCAUCACUCAUGGGGAGAAAGGCACUUUCUUGAGAGAUGUUUUAUAAAAUCAGUAUACAGUGAGACCAGAGCAGUUCUCUAGGGUCUGUGACUUUAAAAAAUGUCAUUAGAUUUUUAAGAUAAAGUAAUUUCUUACUUAUAAAAGUUGAUAUUGCUUUAAAAAAAAAUCUAGAACCUGGAAAAUAAGCCUUUUUUUUUUAAACAAAAGGCACCAGCUGUCUAGUAUAUUGGUAAGCAAAAAAUAAACAGCACUUUAUCUAGACAGUUAGUGCAGAGGUUGUGUCUGUUGACUCUAAAUUGUAUUUGAAAUACUGUAACUUUUCUUUCCCUUAAAUGCUACAUGUUGGUCCUCAUGAAAUGAGCAUAUCUCCCUUUGCAGACUCUUAGAAAGAAACUUUAUGUUUGAGAAAGGCGUUCCCUUAUAGUUAGGAAAGAGUUUGUCUCAUUCAAAUCUCUGGGGGCUAGCUAAACUUUAUUUCAAUUCUCGUGAUUUUUAAAUAUUUUAUUAAAAACUUUAAGUCCUUUGAGAUUGUAAGUUAAGCUUAUAAAACAAACCAAACUAAGAAGGUUAAAUAAUAAGUGUUGGGUUUCUGUAGUUAUUACAGUCAAACCACACACAUAUGCAGCAGCUUUCGCUGAGUGCUGGGGAGUCUGCAGUGAUGUUAGCUUUUUGAGUAGUGGGCAGUAGGAAGGAAUUUUUAAUGAUGUAGAACUGCCAAUAAUGUUAAAUAUCUGCUGCUUUGAAAGCCAGUGGUGGUCAGUAAAGCAGAUGAUCUGUGUCUGGCUGCACUGCCAAGUGAAGCUGGGGUGAGUGGCUGUCAGAAACUUCAGGCUCUGCUUGGAAAACUUAGUACCACAAAUGGGUGUCAAAGGUCAUGUGUAACAGAGUAGUAAUUAUCCCUGCCGUGUGACCUUGAGCUGACCCUGAAUAAUCAGCCUUUUACCUUGUCUGAUGUCCUUUCCUACGUUUUUUUUUUUUUUUACAGUGACCUGAAAGCAAUCUACAUAAAAGGAAGUAAUCUUAAGAGUCCCUUUUGCUUGCUUGUAGAGUAAAAUGUGUUGUUUCCAAAGGUAUAAUCUAGUUCAAACUGAAAGAGGUUCUAAUAAACGUCUUACUUCAUCAAACCUCAAAUGUUUAAGGUGGUUUGGGUUACUUGCUGUGCUGCUUUGAAUAAGAAUGGCCCGUAGUCUCGUAUAUUUGAAUGAUUGGUCACUAGGAAGUGGAAAUGUUUGAAAGGAUAAUAAAAAAAAAAAUAGGUGUGG